CGUGAAUUCUCUCAGUAGUGGUGACACUUUAUUGCUGAAUAUACCAGAGCACUGGACUGGGACCAGGUGCAGAUGAAAUUGUUCGAGUGAAACGAAAGAGCUCGUGCUAUAGUACUGGCGCGCCAGUGUCUCUUCAUUGAGGCGCUCGCGUCUCAUUGACAUCAUUCGCAUCAUCCCGCUGAUGCGCGUCGCGGGAUGGAUGGAGAACACAGACUCAUCGCGAGUUCGUGGAGAUUCCGCAGAAUAAAACAGACCAACGAGACACUUCGAAUCGUUUCAUUUGCACAGAGCGACCAGACGUUAAGUCUUAUACUUUAUAUUACCACGAUGUUCGGUUCUUGAACAGCAUUUGGUUAUGCAAUUUAUGUUUGGUGUCUUACACUUUCUUUACAACUUUGUGAGAGAGCAAGUUUGAUGUGAAGACUUGGAUAUCACACUUCCGCGCAUCUUUUUACCAUAUCAACAUGUGGCAUGGGGCUUUUGGGCUGGAUCCCACGCGAACGUGCUGGAAGAAGACCUGGAGAGGAGAUCAUGAUUCACACUAACUGCAUGAAACAUUUCUAUGUGUUAAAAUGAAUGAUAAACCUAACAAAUGGAUUUUCAUCCCAAUUUUAGCCAUUCUUUUUGUCACGAUUGGGUACCAGUAUAUUUGUCCGGCAGGCGGUCAGGCUUGCCAUUUCAGGACAGGAGACAAACUCGUGAGGAUCGGUGCCCUGUCCACUCCAGACCCGACCACCGAUGACCUGUACCGGGAGCAGGACCCGGAGGAAGACAGCCCGCCUAAAUGUGCGUCCAAAUUCAACUUUACAGAGCGCGAUCUGACACGCGAUGUCGAUUUCAACAUCAGGGGAGAUGAUGUGAUUGUGUUUCUGCACAUUCAGAAGACAGGAGGAACCACCUUUGGCAGGCACCUGGUCAGGAAUAUUCGCUUGGAGCAGCCGUGCGACUGUAAAGCGGGACAGAAGAAAUGCACGUGCCACCGGCCCGGUAAGCAGGAGUCCUGGCUCUUCUCGAGGUUCUCCACGGGCUGGAGUUGCGGUUUGCACGCAGACUGGACUGAACUGACCAACUGCGUGCCUGUGAUUAUGGACAAAAGGCAGUCUCCAAAGCGCAAGAGGAACUUCUACUAUAUCACCAUGCUGCGAGACCCUGUGUCACGUUACCUGAGCGAAUGGAAGCACGUUCAGCGUGGUGCCACCUGGAAGACUUCCCUUCACAUGUGUGACGGCCGCUCUCCCACACAGGACGAGCUGCCCACCUGCUAUAACGGAGACGACUGGUCGGGGGUCACUCUAAACGAGUUCAUGGACUGCCCUUCAAACCUGGCCAACAACCGGCAGGUGCGCAUGCUGGCCGAUCUCAGCUUGGUGGGCUGCUACAACCUCUCCACCAUGAACGAGAGUGAACGGAACCCCAUUCUCUUGGCCAGCGCCAAGAGUAACUUGAAGAACAUGGCUUUCUACGGCCUGACGGAGUUCCAGCGCAAGACGCAGUACCUGUUCGAGCGCACUUUCCGUCUGCGGUUCAUUUCAGCCUUUACGCAGAUCAACAGCACGCGUGCCGCCAAUGUGGAGCUGCGCGACGACAUGCGCAACCGCAUAGAGCAACUGAAUUUCCUGGAUAUGCAGUUGUACGAGUUUGCCAAGGACCUCUUCCUGCAGAGAUACCAGUUCAUCCGCCAGCGUGAGCGGCAGGAGGAGAGAUUGAAGAGGCGGGAAGAGAGACGCUGGCUCAGGGAGCGCCGAGUCAACCAGAGCAGACAGCCCAGUGUGGAAAACCAACCUCAGGUCACCACGACUGAGGACUAUGUCAGCCAAGUGGUCCGUUGGUGAUACCUUUUGGAAACAAGCACUAGAACAUAGAGAACAUAACAGGCCACCUGUGGAAGAAUAGAUCACAUUUUGGACUUUUUCAGUUUAGCACUCUAAUGAGUUUCUUUUGUCUUGAAGGCUGUUGCACUGGGAAAAAAAAAUCAUUGCCUUGAGCAGUAUUUUUGUCUUGUUUUCCAGUAAAUAUUAUCUAAAGAAAAUGACAUGAGAAGCAAAAAUGCGUAAGAUAUUUAUCAUUUUUUUUUAAAGAAUACAUUUAGAAUUACUCCAAUUUUCUAGUUUUAAGCAUAAAAUCAAACAGAAUUUACUGAUAAUUUAUUAUUAUUAUUACUGUAGCUAUAACCAUUAAUAGACAAAGUAAUAAUAAAUUGAAAAUAAAUUCCAACACAGAGCUUCAACAACCAUAAUGAAAUGACCCUUCACAACAGCUAAUUCUUUACAAUGAACUCUGCUAGAGAGCAACAUAUGGCACCUUACUCACCUGCUGAGUACUAAAAACACCGUCUCUGCGUCGCUUUUACAACAUUUCAAAUCCCUCAGUUCUUGCCAUCGCCGAAAAGCCAAGCCAAUGUUUGUUCUCGUUUUAUUACAAGCUCUGUUGUGUUCUUUUUUGCCACCAGACUUUCCUCUAUUCUGCAUUUUUUAAAACGGGUGAUUCGCGUCUCGAACGCCCCCAGGUGGUUCGUCCCAGUAUAGCUCAUAAACCCUGCCCUCUCCAUGUAAUUUAAUAGGACGUGAGACAAACUAAACAAUUAAAUAGAGUGCCUCAGGGAUGACGCAUUUUUGUAGGCAAAACCCGGAAGCGAGUUAGCAUUUUAGGGCUUCCGGUUCCA